AGUUUCUCCGUAGCUGCGCCCCGUCAGCAGCUCCUGCAGAAACAGAAAGCUGGAGAGAAAAACAGCGUCUCUCUCUCCCUCCGUCUCCCUCCGUCUCUCUCUCUCUCUCUCUCUCUCUCUCUCUCUCUCUCUCUCCCCCUCUCGGCCCGGUUCGGCCCGGUUCUGGUCAUGCGCGCUCCCGGCUGCGCGGUUUAGGCGGAGUUCACAGCGCUGGUCACUCAGCUCUGCUCUCUCAGGUUGAUCUUGCAUUCCUGUGUUCCUGCCAUGUCGUCGGGCUCUGAGACGGUUCAUUAUAUCCACCUGCACAACGCCAGCCAGUCGGUGCUGGAGGCACUGCGCACUCAGCGGCGCAAGGGUCUGUUCUGCGACGUCACGGUACGGAUCCACGACGCCUCGCUGCGCGCCCACGCCUGCGUCCUGGCUGCUGCCAGCCCCUUCUUCCAGGACAAGCUGCUGCUCGGCCACUCCGAGAUCUCGGUGCCGCCGCUGGUUCCCGCGGAGACAGUGAAGCAGCUGGUGGACUUCAUGUACAGCGGCUCUCUGGUGGUGCUCCACUCACAGGCACUCUGCAUACUGACCGCCGCCAGCAUCCUGCAGAUCAAGACCGUCAUCGACGAGUGCACACAGAUCAUAUCCCAGAAACGGCCACUGGGGGCCGCCAUGCCCAAACAAGAGGAGCAGGGAGGCGGCAAGGGGCGUGAGAGUGUGGGAAACGUGGGCGGAGUUGGCGCCAGCGCUUUGCAGGGAUAUAGUUACCCCAUAGGUGACUGUGGAGCGGGGGUGGGGUCGGCUCCGGGCCUGCAGGAUCCUCAACCUAUGGGUGGGGGGGGUCAGCCAGACUCCUCCGGAUUGGAUGGAAUAAUGCCACCGCUGGGCGAUUUGCUGGGCCGGGGGGACGGGCUUGGCGCGCCUGGGGGCGGGCCUAUGAUGAAACCCACCAGUUGCACUCAGGAGAUAAACUACAUGUUGAAUCAGAACGCAGAACGAAGCAGCGCAGGUGCAGGACAGAAUCAGAGCCAGAACCAGAACAUGUCUGAUCCAGGAAGAGCCCAUAUGAACACCCCUGCUCCCACAGCGAUGGGCAGAGACGGUCUCCGUGGUAAUGGGGGGGCCGAGUUUGUUGAGGAGCUGGCGGUUGGGAUGGAGAGAUUCAACGAGGAAGAGGACGUGGAGGAGAGAGAGAGGGAUGGAGAGAGAGAGAGAGGAGUAGGGCAUAGCCGAAAACAGAGGCAGCCCCUACGACUGCAGGUACUGGGAGGUGAGCAGGUGGUGGUGAAGGAUGAAAGUGUUCAGGACGGAGACAAUCUGUUUGAUUUGGAGGAGCGACGCGAUGCUCAUGACAACUCGCACCAAUCUGCGUAUGGACAGGGUGGCUUUUAUGAAGAGCAGGCCGUGUUCGCUGGAGGAUUUUGGCCACAGACGGACGCAUCUCAGACUCUGGUGGCUAACCCCCGUUCCCGCAGCAACAAGCCGCUGUCACCGCCCACUUCCUCUCACAACAUCAACAACCAGAUGCUUUUUCAGUAUCCCGUCAGCGAAUCACAGCCGUCCUCCUUCUUUGUGGGUGGACCUAUGGUGAUUGACACCAUGGCAGACACAUGUCAGCAGGCCCCGCCCCCGGCCCCUCUGACCCCAGCCCCGCCCCCUCCGGCCCCACCGUGCAUGGCGGGUCCGAGUUUUACGCCCCAGAGUUCGGAGACGAGCUUUGACUGCAGCCACUGCGGGAAAUCACUGCGAUCUCGCAAGAACUACAGCAAACACAUGUUCAUCCACUCCGGUCAGAAGCCCCAUCAGUGCAGCAUCUGCUGGCGCUCCUUCUCUCUGCGUGAUUACCUCCUGAAGCACAUGGUGGUCCACACGGGGGUCCGUGCGUUCCAAUGCUCUGUCUGUUCUAAGCGCUUCACCCAGAAGAGCUCGCUGAACGUGCACAUGCGCACUCACCGCGUGGAACGCACCUUCUCCUGCAACGUGUGCCACCGAGCCUUCACGCACCGUACGCUGCUGGAGCGCCAUGCCCUGCAGCACCAGCACCCGCCAAUCAAACCCAACAACAUCGACCAGGCGGGCGGGGCUGGCAUGGGAGGGGCCGGAAUGGGUGCUGGCAUGGGCGGGGCCAAUGGGGCUGGCUCCACCUCAUAAGAGAAACACGUUGAGGUGGGGCAGGUGUGGGUGGGCCCAUCAGGGUGCUAGCCCCGCCUCUUAGAGAAACAUCAGGGGGGGUGGACACGAUUCGCGAUUGCUGGGCUACCUCACUUUUGGAGGCAGAGCUUACCUUGUCACCAAGCAAUACGUCCAGAGAAAGAUUGUAGAAGUUCAGCAGGAGGUUUGAGGACGUCGGGCUUUCGGGAAUUAGCAAGUUUUCUUCGUCAGUUCGCAAUAACUCGGCCGGUUUAGCUAAAUAGCGUAGCCGUUGAGCUAAUGAUCGACGCUAAUAGAGGAAAACAUAAAAACAAUGGGCUUGCAGUUGUUUUUUUCUGGCUAACAGUUGCUAGGAGACUAACGCUGAUCCAGUGUUGGCAAGCAAUAAUUUUAGCUAAUGCUAACUCAGUGCUAGUUCAUUGGAACGUUUUUAGGAAGUUUUUCUAUGAAGGUAAAACUUUAUCACUGUUUUUCACCUGGAAUUUAAAAACUGCUCUAAAAAUGCACAUGAUUAGCAUGGCUAUGCUAGCCAGCUAACUACAUAACAGCUAAAUUUAGCCUAUAUUUUCAUGAACAUAACAGCUCUUGACCACAUGAUUAGCAUUAGCAGUGCUGGUUAGCUAACUCGGAGAUAGAAACAUGUUUAUAUUAAUGAACUUUGACCUUUUUUUUCUGUUAAUAUGACUUUUUUCAUUUCUGAUUUGAGUGCUAAACCGGAAAAAUGCACAUUAGCGUUAGCUUUGCUGGCUUGCUAGCUGCGUUCGGACUGUGUCCUCAUGAACGUAGAAGCUUUUGAGCGCUGACCAAAGUGCUGAACUUGGGGAAAUACAUGUGGUUAGCAUUAGCUGCGCUAGCUAGCCCACCACGUGGAAAGGAGCUGUUAGCGUUAGCCAGCAUUAGCUAGUUCGCUAUGGUUUUUCCAGGUGUUCCGCGCUGUCGGAGACUUUGUGUGCCACACGUUUAGAGGCUGAAGGACCUCGCGGAACAGGGGAGGUAGUUUAACGGCGGUCUGAAUGAACUCGCUCGGUUGUUUACAGUCGACGAAGAAAACAUGUUUAUUUGCAUUUACGUCAUUCCGGAUAGCGAGGCGUCCCCAAACUUUUGAUUGGUUCGUGUAGAAAAGUCUUAAAGAAAUAAACGGUGUUGAGUUUUGUUUCAGUUCUAGAAGAUGCCCACAGGUGACCGUCCAGACGCCCGCGCGAAUCGUGUCCACCCAGAGAAUGAGUGAGUGUUUAAAGCGAUAGUUUGGCAAAAAGUAGAGUUUUCCCAGUUUUCCUGCUCAUGUUCCCAAACCUGUGGAUCAGCUGAAGCGUGUUUGGUGUCUGAAGUUCGUAUCUUCAGGUUUAGCGCUGGAGCUACGAGGCUGAUGUAGCUAACCAGUAAAGGAAGCCCACCGGUUAGCAUGGUGCUAACUUUUCUCCAUGUUAUCAGCUGGGCUAAUGUACUUUUCACCAUUCAGCUACAGCGGUUUAGCUCCACCCGUUCAGCUACAGCGGUUUAGCUCCACCCAUUCAGCUACAGCGGUUUAGCCCCACCGUUCAGCUACAGCAGUUUAGCCCCACCGUUCAGCUA